CUGAUCUGUCUGCUGCUGGACCGUCACUCUGUAAACUCAAAUUGACUCAGUUCAACUUUCUCUCUCUUUGCAUUUAUCCAUCUCUCUGGCUGUCUGACUCUCUGCUGAGAUCCUGAAGCUUCCUCAAGUUCAGACAGAAACUUGGACUUCACCACUCCAGACUGGAGACUCGCUAUUAUACACUGUAAGACCACUGGAAGACAUCUGGACCUGUGCAACCAAAUCACAUAUAAACGUCUCCUGUUGCCGGUCACUGAGAAGUUCCUCGCUCAGCAACAACUGGUGAGAGGAAGAGGAAGAGGAGAGCAGCCAGUUAACCCACUCUGCUCAAGGCUGUAAUCUGCACAUCCCACUAACGUAUCCUAAAUCAGGUGAAUCUUGAAACCUGCUGAGUGACGGCUGAGUGGUACUGAGAAAUCUGUGCUGAGCUGUGAUUGAUUAUGGCCGACUGGAGCCUGCUGGGAAACUUCCUUGAGGAAGUGCAAGAACACUCUACCUCCAUUGGCAAGGUGUGGCUGACCAUCCUGUUUAUCUUCCGUAUCCUGGUACUCGGGACGGCUGCUGAGUCAUCGUGGGGUGACGAACAGGAAGAUUUUGACUGUGACACUGAACAGCCCGGUUGCGAGAACGUCUGUUAUGACCAAGCGUUCCCUAUAGCGCAUAUACGAUACUGGGUGCUCCAGAUAGUGUUUGUGUCCACUCCCAGUCUGAUCUACAUGGGCCACGCCAUGCACAUCGUCCGCAGAGAGGAGAAGAAGAGGAGCAGAGAGGAGGAAGGGGGAGACGGGGGAGGGGGAGAGGAGGACCCGGGAGGGGGAGAAGGAGGAGGAGAGAAUCACGGAAGGAAAGGAGAGAAGGACGAAGGAAAGGAAAAAAGAGAAAGUCCAAUAACGGGUCGACUCCGUCUGAGGGGAGCUCUGCUGCAGACCUACGUUUUGAGUAUACUGAUACGAAGCAUCAUGGAGGUGGUGUUUCUUUGUCUCCAGUACUUCCUAUAUGGGAUCUUCCUCAAUCCUCUGUAUGUCUGCCAGGCCAGGCCGUGUCCACAUCCAGUCAACUGUUAUGUCUCCAGACCAACAGAGAAAAAUGUCUUCAUAGUGUUUAUGUUGGCUGUGUCGGGGGUCUCUCUGGUCCUCAGUGUCCUGGAACUGUAUCACCUGGCAUGGAGACACUGCUGCAGGCGAUUACUCUUCUCCAGGAGGACCGUCACUCCCGCCAAUGCUUUGCCGGCUCGGCAGCUCUCUCUGUCUCCUCCGCCACCAUCAACGCCGCCUCCAGAUUUCAACCAAUGUGUGACUGGCUCCUCACACUUCCUGUCGCUCCCUUUCCCCAACCACCGCUUAGCUGACCAACAAAACUCAGACAACAUGGCCACCGAGAAGCACAAAAUGGCCUCCUCUGCGGAAGACGAAAAUUUCCUCCAGAUGAACUCCUACUCGCCCGCAUGGCAGAAGACCGGCAACGGUCAGAUCCAAGACGACGAAUACCUGAGGGCCGACAUUGGCUGCUACAACCCUGGGAGCAGGGAGAUCAGCUGCCCUCAGAUCCAAAAUGGAGGGCUCUAUCAGAAAGACAAACGCAGAUUAAGCAGAACCAGCGGAACAAGCAGCCGAACGAGAGCUGACGACCUCGCCGUUUAGAAAAUAAGGCAGAAACUGACAGAUUUAACUACUCACACACAUGUAUGACCUUUUUAUUCACAAUAACACAUGCAAAUGAUACAUAUCACUACACAAAACCUCCAUUUAAUCCUGUCUGUUUUGUUCUCACUGUCAUUAAAACAAAUCGCUUCUUUAGAUAUAUGGUGGCCUUAAAAAAAGACACAAAUGGAGAACUUGAAGAUGACUUUAAAUUCCUGGCGGCUGACACAAAGACACCGACCGGACUGAAGCUCGUCAGAUUCGCAGCAGAGUGUGUUGAUGCGUUUUGAAUGUGCAAACUUGACACUGUUAUUGGUCUUUGGAGUCAACUCUAAAAAAAACUACAGCUCUUCGGGGACAAAGAUCAUGUCACGCAGCGCAGCGCUUUGGCUCAUUGACGUGUUUUUAAUAGUUUUUGGGUGACAGUAGCAGAGGUCUACGGCACAGAGGAAUGAGAUAUAUCAGGCUCUGGAUACGCACACAAUAAUUGUUUGUCAUUUGGGGUCCUCUGCAUGUAAUUAGUAGGAAAAACCAGAACAUUGGCCUGCCUCCAUUUUCCUGGAGAGAGAAAAACAGACCAACCCAUUCGCUGUCUUCCAAAAGCUUUUAUACCCUUUAACCUGCUGUCUGAGGCCAAACAGGGAGAGUCUCUGGAAUUAGUGCCACUUUGACCCAGUUGGCAUCGAUCUCCCCUCAUUCGGAGCCAAAUGGUUCUCAAUUCUACUCAAUUUCUACAAUGAUAUUAAUCAAAUUCAUCCUCUCAAGAGGCAUAUUGUUAAUGAGGUUGAUAAAGAAGUAGACAUUCCCUUCUUUGGAACUGACUGAUAUUACACACAGACAGUUUAAAGGGGAAGUACACUCCUUCUUCUCUUAAAGGGUUAAGCAGGUCAGGGAAUUAAAGUCCCCUUACAGGAAACCUGUAUGAGCAGAAAGACUAAACACAAGUGAACAAGCAUUUCUCAGACUUUUGUUUCAGUUUAGGGGUCCUUUGAUAUAAAAAAAAUUGAGAAACACUGUUUUAAAUAUUUGAAGUUUGAAGGAAGUACAGCAGUCUAACAAGCUGAAUCCGCCAUCAUGUUUUAAGUGUACUCAACCUAAGUGCCUUGUUGCCAAAUGCGUCACUCGAAUUGAUGGUAAAUGUACAGUAAUGCCAAAGAUUCACUUUUACUUUAUGAGAAGUUUUCAACUUUAUACGGCCGCAUAAUCCGUUUCUCUUUCUCAAACGUCUUCUGAUCGCAGCUCAUAGUUGAUGUAAGAGGUUCACAUCAUAGCAUACCGGGGCAGAAAUGACAAAUAUGAGUCAGAUGCUGCAACUUUAAGCAAACAUUUCUUCUAUAUUAAUAGAUUAUAAAGGUUUAGGUGGUCAAAAACUAACUGGAUAACUUCUAUCCUUCGUCUAGUUUUGUUCUACUGUUGACAAGCUGUAGCAAUGCCUGUUAUUUAGUGGUUGUUCUGAUGGUUUACAGCCCUUGAAUCUACCCAGGAAAUUAACAACUGAGCCUUAUAUCUGUGGUAGUUACGACACUGAAGGUGUUCGGAGCCAUUAGAUGCCUCCAGCGACCUUGCGUUAUACCUGCGGAAACUGUUGAAACUCCGCUCACUCGUCUGAGAGCGUCGACUUCAACGUUCCGCAAACAAAAACUGCCAUAAUUCUGUGAAACUGAUACCAAAGAAAACUUUUGUUUGUCACUCAUAGGCUGCUGUAUAUCCUAAGAGUCUAACCCGUCUCGAGCUUGUUUAAGUUUUAACUGCAGGAGUGUCUGGUUGAUAGAGACGUUAGUCCAAACCAUUUCAUCAGUGGAUGAGAAUGUGAAGCUUAAAUGCAUCAGAUGGCGUCUUGCCACCGGAAUAUUUUCACCAUGCGUACACUGCAUUGUGUGUGAGACACUGUAGUCAGUUUGGAUGACCAGCGGUGAGUCUCUAUACUUUAUUGUAUUGUGGCAAUAUCUCAUUCUGGCUAUGAGCACAGUGGACAACAAUCUCUAUAAUCUGAAAUAUAGACUGUACAGUCGCUUAACAGCACAGCAGACUACAUAUUAUCAAGUGAUCAGUGUGAUUUAAAAUUGUUGAAUAUUUCUUAUGCAUUAGUUUUGUAUUUAUUAUUCCAGUUUAAUAAUGUGAAUGUUACACAAGUUUUAAAAAAAAAAACUUUGCAAAAACUUGGCACUGUUAGUCUGUUCUUUCUCUAAAUGCUGCAACACACAGAUAACAUUCACAGUGUUGUUUAUAGGGUGGAAACAGAACAAAGAAACACAUUAGCCUGGAAGUACUCACCAGUUUGAUUUCCAACAUGCAGCAACUCUCUGGACUCGUUGUACCUCUGCAGGUUGUUGUUGUUGAAAGUUGAAACCUAUUGCUAAUAUGUAUUUAAUCAAACAGCUGCCUUAAUGUAAAGUACUUUUGUCACUGCUUGAACUGCUGGUGCAUCGUCCCUGCAGGUUUUUUUUCUUUGUGAUAUUAUGUUAUGUGAUAUAUGUGGAAAAGUCUCUAAAAGCACAAUUUACAAAGCUACUUUUGCUUUUGCUCAGUAACACUUCAAACCAAGUUCAUUCACAGUGUUUGUUUGAUGAAGGUGCAGGUUCAGUGAGGAGGCUAAAUGG